GAAGAAGAAGAAGAAGGUUUGGUCUCGGGUCUUUGUUGUGAACCCUUGUCUCUGCCGUGAGUCCUGCUCUUUCCGUUACAUAGUUCAUCUGGUACAACCAGAGUGAACCGCCAGAGCCCGUGUGUUUAGAUAAACUUGUUUAAGCGAACUUAGUGUAAGUUUUUGGGACGUUUCAUCGCAGGCUCAUCCUCCUUAGCUAAGAAUGCUAAUGAAGUUAGCUUAGCGUGCUAGCGGCAAAUAGACAUAGACAGAGUUCGACCACACAGUGCUAGUCGGAGUGACUUAGAGACCAACCUUUUUUCAUGGGCCAGCAGUGUCCAGAUAAACCUGUCUGAAUGGACUCUGUCUUUUUUCUUUCCCUGAAAAAAAGUGAAUGACCGUCUGAUCUUUUACGAAGCUAAUGAAGCCAGCUUGCUAGCUGGAAGUAGACGGAGGCGGCGGUAUCCAGUAACACGGCGCACAUCAGAGUGAACAAACCUUUAUCGGAGUGUGUCUGGAGGAAAAGUUGCUGUGAUUGAGAAAAAAAUGUCUAAAGUUCAAAUGCUGAGAGCUUUUGUCAACCAGCGACUAGCUGCGGCUGCUGAAGAGAUCUUUGAGCUGUUUGAAACAACGAUAGCAGAGUACGAGGAGAAACUUGAGUUCAGUUCAAAAGAGAAUCACCGACAACGGAAACUACUGGACGCUGUUUACAACCCUGUCCGGUUACACAGAGCAGAGGUCCAGCAGCUGUUGGUGAUUAAGGAAGAGGUUCAUCCUGAGCAGCAGGAGUGGAGAUCCAGUCUGGACCAGGAGGACCCAGAGCCUCCACACAUUAAAGAGGAACAGGAGGAACUCUGGAGCAGUCAGGAGGGAGAGCAGCUUCAAGGGCUGGAGGAGGCCGAUAUCAAGUUCACAUUCACUCCUGUCCCUGUGAAGAGUGAAGAACAUGACGAGAAUGGUCAGUCCCCACAGCUUCAUUCAGCUGGAGGACCAGAAUCAGCCAGGAACUCAGCCCCAGAUAGCCCUUUACAACCAACUACUGAUGACAAGACGUCACACUCUGAACCUGAGACUGAUGACAGUAGAGACUGGGAGGAGACACAGGAACCUCAGACAGGUUUAAACCCUCUGCAAAACAGUGAGGUACCUCUAAGUGAAAAAACACCAAUUAGCUCCUCUGAAUGUGCUGGAAGGUUUGACCACAAGGGACACCUGCAGAAACACACUGGGAUCCAAACAGGGGAGAAACCAUUUAGUUGCUCCAUCUGUGGUAAAAGGUUUUCUCAAAAGAGGUCUUGGAAGACUCAUAUUAGACUUCAUUCAGAAGGAAAACGUUACAGCUGCUCAGUUUGCAAAGUGAAGUUCAAUUUUAGAAGCAAUUUGGUUAAACACAUGAGAAGCCAUACUGGGGAGAAACCAUUUAGUUGUUCAUUUUGUAGUAAAAGAUUUGCAGUGAGUGACCAUCUGAGACAACACUUUAAUAUUCACACAGGGGAGAAACCAUUUAGUUGUCAAUUUUGUAACGUCAGAUUCGCUGCCCAGGGAAAUCUGAGACGACACAUGACUGUCCACACAGGGGAAAAACCAUUCAGUUGUAUAGUUUGUGGUAAAAGAUUUGCACACAAGGGAGAUAUGAAACGACACCUGCUUGUUCACACAGGAGAGAAACCAUUUAGUUGUUCAAUUUGUGGUAAAGGUUUCACACAAACUGGAGAUUUGAGACGACACUUGACUGUCCACACAGGGGAGAAACCAUUUAGUUGUUCAAUUUGUGGCAAAAGUUUUACUCAAAAGGGAACUCUGAAACAACACCUUACUGGCCACACAGGAGAGAAACAAUUUAGUUGCAAUGUUUGCAAUAAAAGUUUCUCCCGGUUGUAUAAUGUCAAAAAACACAAGUGUGUCGGGGAGAGCAGCAGUAAUAAGUGAAGCUGCAGAGAUUCUUGUUGUUAAAUUUUUUCCAGCAGCAACAAAGUACUGGGGGCAAGAUUGGUUUCAACACUGGUUAGCCAAAACUGUCAGACUAAAGGCUGAUAUAGACUCAAUGGCCCAAUCCCAAUUCUCCCCCUUGGUCCUACCCCUAGUUUUGGGGUGCCCUUGGCAGAGUAUUGGCCCUUUAGAAUGGAGCUGCAAGGGGCAGGGUUUGAAAUCUUAAACUUCGAAAUGGGAUGCCACUUGUUACGUCACCAGUAGCAUUAGUCAGCCGAAAGUGAUAAAAGAAAUUCUGUUGAAACUUAUUGCUAAAAGUAGUUAAUAUCCAGAUGAAACAGCUUUAGUUAGCUAAAAGUGAUGAAUAAAAUUUGUUGAAAUUGUCAGCUGAAAGUAGUUAUUAACCAAUUGAAGUAACAUUAGUUAGCUAAAAGUAAUAAAUACUAGUUUAAACAGUUCAUGAAAAGUAACUGAUAAGUGGUUAAAAUAGCAUUACUUAGCUAAAAGUAAUGGAUAAAUGUUGAAACCAUUUGUUAAAAGUAACUGUUAAGAGGUUGAAAUAGCACUCUUUAGCUAAAAUCAAUGGAUUAUGGUUGAAACAGAUUGACAAAAGUAACCAAUAAGCAGUUGAAAUAUCAUUAGGUAGCUAAUAAGCAAUGACUAGAUGUUGACGAAGUUCAAAGUAAUUUGUAAGUGGCUGAAACUGCAAUAGUUAUCUUAAAGUAACUGACAAAUGGUUAAAACAGCAUAAAUUAGAUUAGCGUUGAACUAUGAUUUUAAUUUAUGGCUUUUUUCCCCUGCCCCGAUAGCAGCCAUGUUGCUUGUUUCGCCAGAGACGGAGAUCAACCCUGCUGUUACUUUGCAGUAUAUAUAGUUCAACGUUAAAGUUACAACUGUACAGAUUGUAGAUUGUCCUUGUGUUUAUAUGUUUGGUAUUAUGUUUUGUAUUUAAUUUUUAUUAUGUUUGUAUUGCUUAUGUUUGUCAUUAUUUGUAAGGACCCCCUUGAAAAUGAGAUGGCACAUCUAAAGGGGCUAUCCUUGAAAUAAAGAAAAAGAUUCGAACAAAUUGACAGUGACAUUGCAUCUGCAGUUUUCUGUCGUUACUUUUAUAAUUAUGUCCUAUUGUUGUUUUAUUUACGAUUAUUUUGUUCACUUAAACAAUUAAUAUUCCUAUUAUUACUACUGUAUGUGACUGGUCAUCGGUUACUUGAAUGCGUUGUCAUCUGACAUUGCAACUUCUGUCAGCUGUCAAGCUGUCAUCUGUUUGGGACUUAGUCGAUGUGACGUAUUGUCUGCUGUGCAGAGGAUUGUGGGUCAGAAAAGCCAGAAAAGCAUGCUGGCUUGCAUACUAAGAAAUCAGACGGGAUGUAGUAGAAUAUCCUGGGCCGGCAUUCACAAAGAAUUCUAAGACUAAAAGUAGCUCGUAGUGACGUCAUUCUAAGAAAAAUCUAAGAAAAAAAGAUUUUUCUUAGAAUUUUCCCUUGGUAAGAUAAAAGUUAUUCACAAAGCAUCUUAGGCCUUGAGAGAGCUCCUAAGGUGAAAAACUGUUAAGAGGAGGGAGGAGGACUUUUAAGAAGCCUAAGAGUGUCUUAAACAGAGAAGAUGGCGGAAAGACAGAGAGGAAGGAGAGAUAUUCUCCGUAUAUUGAACAACAGUGAUUAAAUAAGACGCUACCGGCUUGAGUGCAGGGAGAAUGUUUGUGGUUGACCUCAUCAGGGAUGAGCUUACUUUUCCCACCCAGCGUAGUAACACAAUAACGCCCGCUUUGAAUUGCAGCACGUACCAGCGCUUCUCACACUCAUCGCUUGUGCGUAAAAGGAGAGGGAAGGACACAUUGAUUUGUCGGGCAAUGCGCUCCCAAGUCUACCUCUUCCCUUGUGCCGUGAUCCCAGGACCGAAUUUCCCUCUUAAAGCUCCGUUGUUCUCCUCCACGAGCUGUGCCAACAGCAGGCACUGCUCUUCUGUCCAGUUCGGCUUUCUCGUUCUUUUUUUUCUUCAUUUCAUUCGUUGUUUUGGUCAUUCUGCCUAAUCAAACCGCUUUUUACAAGGAGGCCAGCAAUCACAGUAAUUGCUGACAGCUGAGUCUGCGUCCACCAUUAAUAUCAAAUAGAUUAAGUAGUAAAAUUACCAGCAUGGCGAGUAAACAUAGCUAAUAAACAAAUCAAUAUAAUAAUCUGCAUGUGAAUGAGGUACGUUCAAACAUUCUGAAGCUGUGUAACAAUUAAUUUAAUUUUGCUGAGUUUCAUCAUCAUGACAUAAAAUUAUUUUCACGAUUACACAUUUCUUAAUACAGUCUAAGUUCUAUGAUCGGUUGAUUUCACUGUCCAAUCAUUACUAGGAGCGCAUUUGUUUUUCUUUUUUCUUUUUGUAACAACCAAUCACAGCUUUUAGAAGACUGCGUCAUACCUAGCAACGGGGUCAACCACACCUCCUCACUAAGAUAAAAGUUUCUGUCCCCUCCUUGCUCAGAGUUGCUCUCAGAAACUCCUAAGCUAAGAUUCCUUGCUAGGAAUUUUUAGGCUAAGUUAGUCUUUGUGAAUACGGCCCCUGGUAUUUUUGGCAUACUGCAUUUCACAUACUAUGUAUUGGGAUACACUAAAUCUUUUCUGGUGUACUAUAUAAUAUUGGGUAUUAGAAUGCAUAGUUCAACUGCCGUAGUCCGAAAGCACUCUGGGAAUUUUAUUGUGCCACUAUGUUUGGACAACCACCUGAAGGGGUUGAUGACCACUACUCCUCAAUCCCCCAACAGAAACAGGACACUGUACCCUUUAGAGCAGCACUCAAUAUGGAGUGGUGGGGCCACAAGGAGGAGAAUUGAGAUUGGGCCUAUAUCAGCCUUUUUUAGAUAAGAUGAAGUUACACAAUUAUUUAAAUUAGGUAUGUCCCAAUUAAGUUUUUCGACCCCUGACCCUGAUCCAAAUAAUUUAAUAUUAAAUAUCUGCCGAGCUGCUAAAAUGCUUUCUGUGUAAUCAGGGCUAAAGACUACCCAGCACUGCACAAAUGCCCAUGUUUUCUGCUGUUAACAGCUGUUCCAAUCAAUACAACUGGAAAAAAUAAAGGCCACUUUAAAUCCCAAAAAUCGUAGGACGUAAAGGGGAGAAGAAACAAAAAACACAGAGAGAAACAGCAGCAGAUGUGAAUAAAAACCUCCAUCUUUACUCUGGAGACGCGGAGUCAACUUAUUUUAAACGUAAACGUCAAAGCCUUGUGUUAAACGUGCCUUGAGUUGUAAUGUGCUGGGACAACUUCUCAGUGUUUUAAGCCAAGACAGAUUUUUAACAGCAUUUCACCAGACCUCUGGUAGCAUUCGACCAAGUGGGUAGAAAAUAGUAGCAAAAAUUAGCUAACCUUAGCUAGUAACGUUAACCUGACACUGCCUGCAUCCGUGUGCAUCCAAAUAUAAAAGACAUUUACAGUCAAACAUGUUUAGUCACCCGCCAAAAAACAAGAUGGCAGUUGUUUCAGUCAUGGACCCAAUUGCACACAUAAUGGUUACAGUCGAUUAGACUGCACGAUUUUAUCGGCACGCCGUGUAACACUGGUAACAUUAGGAGGUCUGGAGGAUGAGGUAAUUUCUCACGAUGAUGGUGUCCACACCGACAAGUUGGUUGAGUUGUGGGAAAAAUUACUUCGUUGUUUUGUAUGGAUUACGUCCAACAUGAGUUUCAAUUUUUCAACGAUACCUGCUGCCUGCACUUAAAACUUUUAUGUAGCCACUGUCCUCUGCUUACUAUUCAUGCAGUACAAGGAUUUAUCACUGUCUGCCUUCCCUCUGAAUUUUGCAUGUCAUAAUAGGCAUGUGAUUUCAAACAGGCUCUUGAGAGUUUACUUUUCAUUAUCUGUGCAUCUUUUGCAUGAAUAAGUUUACAUUAAAAAAAAUUGUUGUAUUGGCUUUUUGCUUGUGGGGCUUUUCUUGUACUUGACAUGAUGUGGAGAGUGUGGUUUUUGUUGGUUCUGCACCACUGUCCCUCUCUCAGCAGAUGGACGGACAGUUGACAACGACUAGUCAAAACACCAGCUGACAUAAAGCAAAAGAUCAGAGCGGGCUCUAUAUAGCUCAAUAUAGCUGAUCCCAAUCAGUUAAAA